GUGUAUAAAUAUGAAUUCAUGAUGAUACCUGGGCACACACCUUGGGGAAGGUACCGCACUUUUCCACCUGACGCUCCAAAAGCAAUAGACGCAAGCAUGACGAAUGCAGUAGUUGCUCUUCUGGUCUUCACUGUUCUUCUGUGGAACAAUGCACAAGCAUUCCCCAAUAGCGCCGCUGACUGCUGCCUGUCCACAAGUGAAACUUUAGUUCCACGCCGCAUUGCUGAGUCCUACCUUAUCCAAACCUUGGACAGUGGAUGCCCCAUUCCAGCUACUGUGUUCAUCACAAGGAGGAACAAGAGACUGUGCUCUCCACCUGCAAGUAACCAGGGAUUUCCAUGGGUGAUGAAGCUCAUUGAAUAUCUGGACAACCGUAACAACAAGAGCAAAGGUGCUUAGUGAUGAACAGCAUGAAUAUGUCCAGGCCUGUCGGAUCAUCAUGCUUUGGUUUUCUGUGACAGCUUUUGUGAUGUUAAUAAGCUACAUGGAUUUUUUUUUCUUUUUCAACUUGUUUGAACAUUUCAUAUAUAUUACACACGUUAUAGUGCUAUGCUUCUCACACGCAAAAAAUAAACAAACGUACAAAUGUGCCAGGGUUAAUGAAUAAAUCUGUCUGCAGGUGUUUCCAAAGCCUUUUCUAUACACGUUAAAACUACUAAUGAAUUGUAUAUAUUUUUUUAAUGAAUAUGUACAUGGAUCUUUUUUUUUGCAUUCAAAUAAAAAUAUUUUUUGUAACCCAGAA